GGGAAAAAAUGACGCGCAUACGUCUAGAAGAUGCUAAAGACUAUGCAUUCUGAAGUGGUCGAAUCAAAAUCCAAGGAACGUUGUGAACUCUGUAAGCUUGCUGAUGACUGUCCAAACAAGUAUGGAGAGAAGAUCACGCUGGAGAACCACAACCUUACUGUACACUACUUUUGCUUGCUUAUGGCCAGUGGAGUGUAUCAGCGUGGAGAGGAAGAUGAAGGAAUCUAUGGCUUUUUAGUGGAGGACAUCAAACAAGAGAUACGCAGGUCUUCGAGAUUGACCUGUAACGCUUGCAAGAAGAAGGGGGCCUCGGUUGGCUGCAACAUUAAAAGCUGCAGAAAGGUGGUCCAUUUGCCAUGUGGAAUCCAACAAGAGUUUAUAUUCCAGUUCACUGGACAAUUUCCAUCUUUCUGUAAAGACCAUCGUCCUGUUCAAAUCCAGCCCCUGUCAUCGUACACCAGCAACCCACUCUGUUGCUCUGUGUGCUUAGAAUCUGUAGAGCCUGUCCUGUCCUACACAGUGCUCAAAUGUCCGUGUUGUCAUAGUGGCUGGUUUCACCGGGAUUGUUUACAGCGCCAAGCAAACAGUGCUGCCAUGUUCUUCUUCAGGUGUACAAUUUGCAACAAUAAGGAUAAAUUUCAACAGGAAAUGCUCCGGAUGGGAAUUCACAUACCAGAAAGAGAUGCAUCAUGGGAACUUGAGGAAAAUGCAUAUGGGGAGUUACUGCAGGUGUACCAGCACUGUGAUGCUCUCAAGUGCAGAUGUGAUAAUGGCCGAGGGUACAGUGCAAACGAUGGGAAGUGGGUGAUUAUACGCUGUAAGUUCUGUGGCUCCAGGGGAACUCAUCGGCUAUGCUCUUCCUUGAAGCCCUUCCAGCGUGACUGGAUUUGCAGUGACUGCCGGCCUGUAGUGAAUAAAAAUGGUGUUGUCUGUCAGCAUAUAAAAUCUCCAACAUCAGGGGAACAGGAGAAGAAAAGACUGCUGAAAAGACAACAAUCUUCUCUCCAUUCUGCCAUAAUUUGUAAAAAAUCCUCUUUUCAGAUGAAUUCACCUCAGGAGAUCUUGCACUGUCUGUCCAAAAAAAUAUCACCACUCAAUUUCACUUUGGUUGAGAUAAAAAAAGAUGGAGUUUUAAAGGCUGCCCAACAGAUUUUGAGACAGAAUGACUUUGACCCACACCACACCAUGACUGUGACUUUUCCUGGAGAUAAACUGCACAGCGAGGAUGUAGGUUCUGGGAACUUACGCCGGUUUUUAAGGCUUCUGGUGCAGGACUUGCAAAACUUGUCAGUCUUUCAGGGUCCUGAAAACAAGAAAAACUUAGCUUUGGAUUCUCAAGCUCUACGAGAUGACCUGUACUUUGAUGCAGGAUGUACUCUGGCUCUAAGUCUUGUCCAUGGGGGACCACCACCAAGGUUCUUCUCUAGAGCUUUGUACAAAUGCCUUUUCAACUUUCCCAGCGAUAGCCCCCUGACAGUGAGAGACAUGGUGGACAACGUUUUAGCAGAAAAAGUGAAGAAGAUAAGAGAUGCCCGAUCUUUAAAGGAAUUAAAAGAGGCAGUCAGUUCCUCAACAGAAUAUCUGAAAGUAGCUGGAUGUUUGAGACAAAUGAAUUGCCUUUCUGACAAACAGCAGCUAGUGGAUGAUAUUGUGACCUUUCAUUUUAUAACAAGAAUGCAAUUGCCACUUCAAAGAUUUCGUGAGGGUCUGAAUACUUUGGGUCUCUUUGAACAAAUCCAAAUGUUCCCUGGACCGUUCUGUGAUCUGUUUUGCUCCUCACCUGAAAAGAUGUCAGCUGGUACAAUGGAUAGCCUUUUCUCUGUCCAGUUCUCUGUUAAUGAGGAGAAGAAAAAGAAAGAAAGAACAGUAGUGGGUUUCUGGAGGCAGUACUUGCAUGAAUGUGAAGAGGGCAGGUGUGCAACAACAUUAGAGGAUAUCCUCAUUUUUUCUACUUCAGCAGAUGCGGUCCCUGCAGUAGGAUUUAAUCCUGCCCCCAGUCUUUCAUUUCUACACCCACAGAUCUCUGUAGGUGUGUUUCCUGAACGCCACCCUAGCUGCAACCACAUUGUGCUUCCUGUGCUCACCUCGUAUGAGAUCUUUAAGAAACACAUGGAGUAUGCAGUAUGUCAGCUUACGAUGAUGCAGACUCUAUAAUAUUUUUGUUACUAAACAAUGUGAAGGGUCAUCCUAUGUUAGAAUUCACAAUUUUUUUUAAUUCAUCUGCAAUCUUAAGGAUAUGGAAUACAGUCAUUUUCAUACUGACCAUGCAGCGAGCCCUUUGUUUUUUUCAGCAUUAAUUUCUAUAAACACCGAACUCACUGAGCUUUAAUAUAAAAAAAAAAAUCACCUGAUUUUUAUUCUUGUGGGUGUAUGGUAUAUUUAUACAUGUGUUCAUUUACAUUGUAGUGUUACAUAUAUAUAACCACAUGUUGAGUAGAAUUUCUAUUAAUUACCAGUUAGAUAUAUAUUUGUAGAUUAUUGAAAUGGUAUCAAGAAAUGUACAGUCUAGUCUUUCCCGAUUAUUUUUACAAUGUUAGUCAUUGUUUUUUUCUGUUUUAUUGGGCAAAUAAUUUUCCAGAAGGUUGCAAAUGUAUAUUUCUGAAAUGCAAUAUAAAUGACUUAUAAAGAUAAUCUGUGUUACUGCUAGUUUGUUUUGUUUUUAUCUUAAUAUCACACUAUAGUUUGUUGAGAAUAGGUGUAAUGGACAAAGUUUCAUUCAAUUAGUCAGUCUGCUGAUGGCACUUUACAGAUGACUUGCAUCCAAACUGAGGAUAUCUACUAGGCCUGUUUUAUUUAUGCUAUAUGAGGUAUGGUUUUUCACAUAUAUUAUGCAUGCAAUAAUGCUGUUAGUUUCUGUGUGGAUUUUUUUUAAAUUUUGCUUUGUUUUAUUGAUAAUGCUGCACAUCCCUCAGUGUUUUGUGUUUUUAUACUAAUUAAAUAUGAGGGUUUUGAGAGGACUGAUUUUAAUUUUAGUGAUCUAGCUUCCCAUUGCUCUGUUGUAAGACGUUCAUGUGAAGUAGCAGCUCUGUUCUUAGUGUCUGAAGAAACUACCAUCUAGUAUAGGUCUAGUGGAAGUGUAAUUCUUUAGGGAUUGCAGUAUUUGCCCCUUCCUGCUACUUUAUUAAUUGCUUUAAUCUUGCUAUUAACAUCCGAAUAUAAAUUCAUCUAGUGUAAAUCUGUUUGUAAUUUAAAGUUAACUCUCCAACCUCUAGACCAUUUUACUCCUUUUCAGGAGAAUGUUCUGCAUGCCUGGUUUAGAAGCUACAGUGAGUUUUCCUCUAUUCUGAUUUUAGAGUGGGGUGGGAAUGGCAUAAGAGUGCUAGCUGCUGAAACUGUAAGAACACAGUAUAACAGUUAUUUUUAAAUAAUUAUUAAAAACAAAACGUUAAAAGCAA